GAGAGAGAGAGGUUACUAUAAGUAGAGGAGACCUUCAUUAAUGACAAUUAUCUAACAGAGACAGAACAAGUCUUCAGCUUUGACUCAGCCACUCAGUUCAGACGAAUCUUUGAAUGGUGCUGAUACUGCCAUGGAAUAUUCAUGAGCAUGGAGUUUGGGUAAAAGAUUAAAUGCAAACACUGUGGGAAAGAAAUGUCGCUUGCAACAUCUGAAAUGUCACUCACUUGAUGUGAACAUGUCAAGUCUACUGUUAGAGAUGUUGCAAGUGUUGUAAGCCAGACAUUUCUUUUCCAGAGUGUUCACAGUCCUCUUCAUUCCUGCUGGUUCAGAUGAUUUCCACCUUGAUUCACAAGUAGCCGCCGAGUCUUUCUUUGCUCCUCUCUGGUUUUCAUGUAGUAAAAGAAAGUGUGACAUUUAAGUCAAAAGACUUGUUUAAUCUUCAGUGAGGAUAUAUAGGCAAUGCAUUUGAUGGGGACAAUGUCAAAAUACUUCUUUAAUAUUUCUGGUGAUGCUUGUUCUGAUAGAGGCUUUAUUGGGAUCUUGACUGUUCAAAAUGACAGUUCCUAUCUGAUGAACUUGAGCUGGCCAUCACAGACCGCGCUGAAACUCCCUAGGCUUGACUUAUAUAACUUCAGUCUCUCCAUCUCUUAUGAGUUUGCACCACUUAUGGACUUAUUAAUCUUUGGUUGAAUCAGGAAACCCCCAUUAGCUUCAUCAAAUCCAGUGACCGGACUGAGUCAAAGCCACAGCUGCAUCUCUGGAGCAGUGACCAGUGAGACAGUUUCAUCUCACCCUUCUCCAGGAUUAGCAGCAGCAUCAAACCACAAGUUGAGAAUGAGAUGGACAAGCUUGAAGGGCCUAAAGUAUCUUCUCUGUCUCAGCCCAUUAUCAUCCGCAAAGAACAUAGCUUCUGAAGCCGAAGAAGACAAAUGUGAAUCCCCUGAGAAACGUCGCAGGGUUGAGAACAACGCUGAAUCUGAAGAUCCUGAGAUAUGGCAAGUGGUGUUUGUAACAACUCACUCAAAAGUAGAUGUUUGUAGUGUCGAUCUUUGUCGGACACGUGUAAACUUAUCAAGUGUUCCCUUAUAUUUGCUUGCUGAAUUCAAGUUGUUUAAUUAUUCUUUUAAGUCUACUUUCAAGGUAAACAUAUUGCAAUAUCAAAAGGUUGAUUAAGAAGCCUAGAAAGAGAGGGAGGUUACUAUAAAUAGACGAGACCUUCAUUAAUUACAAUUAUCUCUAACAGAGACAGAGCAAGUUUUCCGCUUUCACUCUCUAGGGAACAAGGGUUUUGUUUCUCUUCUGGGUCUUGUCUUGUCGUCUCCUGUUAUCCCCACUCGACGCGUAGACUCGCUUUGACUCAGCCACUCAGUGUGGACGAAUCUUGGAAUGGCUGAUACUUCCAUGGAUAUUCAUGAGCAUGGAGUUUGGGUAAACAAGAAGAGAAGGCGUGUUCAAUGCAAACACUGUGGAAAAGAAAUGUCUGGCUUGCAACAUCUGAAAUGUCACUUGGCUGGUGUAAGUCCAGAUGUGACUCCCUGUGAACAUGUUACAUCUACUGUUAGAGAGUGGUUUCGAGGAGAUGUGGUUACAAUGGAGAAAGCUAAUGCUCAUAAGCAUCAAGGAAGCCAAGAUUCACCCGGAGGAAGUGUCUCUCCUACAGCUGUGGAGGCUAACAAAAUGGUUUUGUUGCCAAACAAGUCCCAAGAGUGGAUUGGUCAGUGCUCUUCCUAUGCAAGCUUUUUCGAUUUUUCAGCUGUGGAUUCAUCAGGCUUUAGAGAGAUGAUGAUGAUGACUGCAAGUGAUGGUACUCUUCCUGAUUCCCAUGAUUUAAAAGGAUGGAUGCUUCAAGAAGCGUUGGGAGAAGUGGAAGAGUAUGUGAAGAAGAUCAAAGAUUCAUGGGCGAGCACAGGUUGCAGCAUCUUGUUGGAAGCUUGGGUUGACAGUAGAGGCCGUGAUCUUGUUACUUUCCUUGCAGACUGUCCAGCUGGUCCGGUGUAUCUAACAUCUUUAGAUGUCUCUGACAUAAAGCACGACAGCAAUGCUUUGAUAUCUCUAGUGGAUGGGCUUGUUGAUGAAGUUGGAGUGCAGAACGUGGUUCAGAUUGUUGCAUGCUCAGCUUCUGGUUGGGUUGGUGAAUUAGGAGAGUCUUACGCGAGUAACAAGAAGGGAGUGUUCUGGUCUGUGAGUGUAUCUCACUGCUUUGAGCUUAUGCUGUUGAAGAUUGGAGAGAUAGAUUCUCUUGGAUACAUUGUUGAUGCUGUCAAUGUGAUUACAGAUUUCAUCAACAACAGUCCAUUGGUUUUGAAGCUUGUCAGAGAUCAAGAUCACAGUCUCUCAAUAGACAUGACUGUGGUCUCCUCAGAGUUUGAGUUUUUCUUGCCGUACUUAACUCUAGAGAGUAUUUUCAGGGCCAAGAACGAAUUGGCAGCCAUGUUUCUUUUAUCUGAUUGUAACAAGGAAGAAGACAUAAGAGUCUCCAAGUUGGUGAAUGAUAGAAGUUUCUGGAAAGCUGUUGACAAAGUUCUGAAAUGCACAUCUCCUCUGAUUCACGGUCUACUCUGGUUCUCUAAGGCCAACAAUCAGCAUGUUGGGAAUAUCUAUGAAACUAUGGAUGUCAUAAAGGAGAUAAUCGCCAGGGAGUUUAGUAACAAGGAAUCAUGUUAUGAGCCGUUGUGGGAUGUGAUUGAUGAUGUCUGGAACAAGCACCUUCACAGUCCUCUUCAUGCUGCUGGUUACUUCCUGAACCCAGCUACUUUCUACUCGGAUGAUUUCCAUCUUGAUUCAGAAGUAGCCUCCGGUCUUUGCGCUUCUCUGGUUCACGUAGUAAAAGAAAGUGACAUUCAAGUUAAAGUUGCUACUCAGCUUGACAUAUACAGAGUUGGUGAUGACUGUUUUAACGAGGCCAGUCAAGCUGAUCAGAUCACUGGAAUCACUCCAGCUGAGUGGUGGGCUCAAAAGGCGAGCAAUCACCCAGAACUGCAGAGUUUCGCUAUUAAGAUUCUGAGCCAGACAUGUGAAGGUACUUCAAGGUACAAACUACAGAGUAGAUUAGCAGAGAAGCUGGUGCUCACUGAAGGAAUGACCAGUUAUGAGCAAGAGCGGCUUGAAGAUUUGGCGUUUGUUCAUUACAAUCUUCAUCUCAAAAGCUGCAAAGCCAAACUAAGUGAAGAGCAGUGAAGAAAUUGUGCUGCAGGAUAGUUAUAUAUAUAUAUAUAUAUAUAGACUGGCAUGUUCAGCUUUUGUUUUUUUUUCUCAAGGUGCAGAUAACAGUUAUGUAGUUUAUAUGUUCAUGAAAUCCACUUUUUGAAUCAACGCUGGUGAAUGAAACAGCAGAUAUGUUGAGUAUUAAUAUCUGAUCA